AUGUCUGCUACAGGUGAUCUCAAAAAUAACCUUGAAAAGUUGAGGACGCAAUUAAGAAGCAUACACUAUAACGGGGUGUUCGAUGUUGAGGCUAUCAUCAACGGGAAACCCGAAGUGUUUUUACCACUAUUGAAUUAUUGUAUUCUUCAAUUUAGCAAACCACUGGCGAAAUACUUCAUUCAGAAAGGAUAUAUAUUUCAUGAUCUCUCCGAUUCAAAAUUUAUAGAGACGGUCUACCGAUUACUACUUAAUGAAUUUUCAUAUACUCCUGGCUUGAGCGUGAUCUAUUUCUUGUCAAAUGGUUUUUCUGAACGGAAAAUUAUUUUCAUGUGUGAUGUCAUUCAAAACUGCAAAAGGAAGCACAACGAUCUGGUGAAAGCAAAAAGGAAGAGUUUGUAUGAAAAAACGAAAGUCAAGAAAGAUAAGACACCAAAGACGGAGAACGUGACUGACCUUCCUUCACAGCAAACAGUACACGUACCUGACAUUGCAAGAGAACCAAAACACACUGUGUUAAUUAGAAAGGAGGUUACUCCUGAACCUCAUGUUAUUAGACAAGAGAUACAUGCAGAAGAGUCAUCUUGUUCCGAUAUUUCAGAAGACACAAUUUCUAAAAUUUAUGAAGCCAUCCAACAAAUGGGAGCCAGACUGAGUGAGAGUGUUGCCAAAUUGGACGAUAAGGUAGACAAAAAUUUAUCAAGUCUGAGGGAUAGAGUGUUUUUAAUCGAAAGGAGAGUUCAAACAAUUGAAGACAAAUAUUCAAAACAACAUGUUCCUCUUGAAGCCAGUCCCAACGCCAAAGCAGAGAGCAGAACUCCAAUAUUCCAAAGGGUGGAAAACAAGAAAUCAUCUACAUCUGUCAAUGUUUCAAGAGACACAGAUGAAUUCAUUAACCAGCUCGCUCUCAAACAUAAGGUAAACUUGUAA